AUGAACAAAGCUUUUGAGCCAACACUGGAUGAUGACGCAGCUAAUGACAAUGAUAGCGUCGACGUCACUUCUUGGGUGUCGGUGUGCCCAAGAGGCCUCUAUUUGGUCCAGAAGACAUUGAUAUCUUCAGGAAGCCAGCGGAAAGAUUUUACUGCAGAAAUAGCACGGUCCUCUUACAAGCCAAGGUUGGGUUCACUGUGCCGUGUCCGUGUACGCCUCAGAGCUGUCACUGAUCAAGCUGAAAAAUUGUCAUCUGUGAAAAGUUAUGAGACAAAGCAAGAAGGUCCACUUGGUGUUCCAGGAGCUACCUUUUCACAUCGCCAGCUAGACUCUGUUCUGCAGCUAACGCUAGAUGAUUGGACCACACUGAGAUUAGGGGAGGGUCACUGUGAUGUUACAGAAGCCUGUCUGGAGUCCAUGAAAACAGGAGAUGCAUGUGAGAUACGGCUCAUUCCGGCAAAGGGAGCUGAUGUGUGCGAUUCUCAGCCGGUGCAGGAAAUAUGCGCCAUUGUGGAACUCCAAGGUUUUACGCCAGGAAAGGAAUCCUGGCAGAUGUCACCUGGUGAAAAAUGGGAGUGGGUGAAGUCCCACAAGGAGAGAGGUGGUUUGAGAUUUAGAAGUGGAGACUUGUGGGGAGCGUCAGACAGUUACAGUCGGGCCCUCAAACUCAUCAUCACCCUGCAAGGCUGUGUAGGUGAUAGAAAGGAAAACAAAAUGGAAGAGCAAAAUUCAACAACCUCUGAGGAUCAAGCCUUCUGUCCUACACAUGAUCAAGUACAAAGCAUGAAAGCAGAACUUCACUCUAACUUAUCAUUGUGUCAGCUCAAACUGAAGCAACCGGCACGGGCUCGAGAAAGUGCCACCAAGGCCACACGGUUGGAACCAGGUGGGGCUAAAGCUUGGUACCGCCUUGGCCAAGCCUGUCACAUGGUGAACGAGCUAGAGGAAGCCCGUCAGGCAUUUCGAGAACUCCUGAAACUGCAGCCAGAAUCCUUUGCUGCCGUGAAGGCACUGAAAGACAUAACGAGUCGAGAGAAGGAGUCCAAUGCACAGUUGGGGCAGAGACUUAGUAAAAUGUUUAGCUAG